AUGUUUCGAAUUGUAUCAAAAUUGAGGUUGUGUGGAGAAGAUGUGACGGAUGAACAGAUGUUGGAAAAAAUAUUUUCUACUUUUCAUGCAUCCAACCUUGUACUCCAGCAGCAGUACAGGGAACGUGGGUUCAAAAUCUAUUCAGAGUUGAUUUCAUGCCUGCUUGUUGCAGAAGAAAAUAAUCAGCUUUUGUUGAAUAACCAUCACACCCGACCCACUGGUUCCAAACCACUUCAUGAAAUUUCAACGGCAUUGCCUGAAGCAAAUGCUACUUCUUCACGAAAGGGGCGUGGUCGAUACCAUGGCCCACCACGAGGCCAUUCUUAUGGUCGUGGUUGUGGCGGUCACAGUCGUGGUCGUGGUUGCUGUAAUGGUCGUGGUAAUACAUGGAUUAAUCCCAAUAUUCAGAUGAACAAUGGGAACAAGGCAAAGAAUCAACAAGAGAAAACUACAAAUGGAGAUCUUUGCCAUAGAUGUGGGAUGUCUAGACAUUGGUCCCGUACCUGUCGUACGACACAACAUCUAGUCAAAUUAUACCAGGCUUCUGUGAAAGCAAAGGGUAAAGAAGUUGAGACUAAUCUUAUUGAGGCUGGAAUAUCAGACAAUACCCAUAUGGAUGCAUCAGAUUUUUUCCAGUCUAUUGAAAACGAUGACAAAAAUCUCCCAGAGUUGCCCUUACAGUUUGGAAACAUUACUGAGGAUUUCGACAUGCUUGUUGAUUAG